UUUGUUAUUAUUAAUUUGAGGUUAGAUAUCUAGAAAAUUCAUAACCUCCGAAAUCAAUUGUAGUCCAUUUAUUUGCCGUUUAAAAAUAUUUGUAAAAAAUCAUAAGUUUUCAAGAUAAGUAGUACUUUGCAUUAAAGAAAAAUGUAUAAAGAAGUAUUCUAGCAAAGAUUAGAUGAUAAUAAAGUCGCAAGAUACGACAUAAAAUAACAGGUUCAAAAUAUAGAAUAUUACGAAGUCCGCACAAUCGUGAAAUCGUAAUAGCAGGUAAAUGUUUUUGCUGUUUUGAUAUAAGAUGCGACAUAUAGACACCUAUACUGCAGUCUGCAAUACACGUAUAAGUAUAUAUAUACCUAUAUAUAUAUAUUCAUCGUCAUUCGUCGCGCCAAGAGCAACACUAGCACAUCUAGUGAUUGAGCUGAGCACUGCUCUCAGAUACUUAUGAUGAAUGAUGAUAUUUUAUAAAAUAAAGCAUAAAAGUAUAAAUGCGAAUAUGGCGCUCUGAAUGCCGCGAAAAUUAAAACACGUAAAAGCCAUUUUAAACUUUUUUUAAAAACGUCGCUCUUAAGAUUUUUUAAGUAUGUAAAGUCUUCAAAGGUAAAGGGAGCCAUACAAUACCUGACAAAUGUCUCUCAAAGUAAAAAAAAAUAGUAAAAUUGUUCUUUAUAUCAUAUAUUGAUAUAUAGAUAUAUGGCGCGCAGACGCAAUAGCACAUAAAGGUUGGCUACAGUAGCAAAAUUUUGCCGGUUGACGUUACAUGAGUGCCUGAACAAAAGAAGCCGCGAGUAAAAACAUACAUACAACAGACCAUUACUUGCCUUAAUCAAUAUCACAAAAAUUAUUUUCAUUAAAAUAAAAGUGUACAAGUGAAAGAAAAUCCUAUUUAAAACUCGUUGGUUCAUAAUCAAGUGCACGUGUUGUCUUUCAGCGGAUUCUAAUACAUGCUGAGAUUCAUCAAUCCAAAGACUGUCCUACUUUUUCAUCGUGGUUUGAAUCUAGUACAAAGGGCAAAGGUUCUUACAAAGAAUCGACAUCAGUUGCAGGCUGUGGUUACAGCACACGCUUUUUCAAAGAACUUCAAGGACGCUCUAAACAUGCCGCCAAAACGGGGUCGUCCACCUAAGGCAAAAGGUGAAACCAAAACUUCCAAAAAACCAGCUGAAGAAAAAAAAACAUCAAAGAAAACUAAGAGAUCAGAAGUUGAAAAUGAUGAGAAUGGAGCGGAUGAGCCUGCCCCAAAGAAAGCAAAAACUGAAUCCAAAUCAGAGCCAAAGAAGUUGAUGAAUAAAACUGAGUCCAAUUUAGAUGAAAUCAACUUUGAUUGCGAGAAAGUCAAUGCUGAUGGAGAAAAAUAUAAUAUUAAAAUCUGUACAUGGAAUGUUUCUGGGAUUAGGGCGGUACUAAAGAAAAAUGGUAUGACAUAUUUAGAAAGAGAAGAUGCAGAUAUUAUAGCUCUUCAAGAAACAAAAUGUGAAACAAAGAAAAUACCCGAUGAAGUAAAAUUGAAGGGAUAUACUCGAUACUUUCUUGACAGUAAGAAAGCUGGAUACUGCGGAAUGGCAUUGUACUCCAAAAAAGAACCUAUAGAUAUCUCUAUGGGUUUGGAUGAAGAAUUUGAUGAUGAAGGAAGAUUAAUAACUGCUGAAUAUGAACAUUUUUAUUUGGUUAAUGUUUAUGUUCCAAAUGCUGGAAACAAAUUGGUAACUCUACCAAAGCGUUUGAAGUGGAAUGAAGCAUUUAAAAAACAUAUUCAAGAUCUGGAUAAAAAGAAGCCUGUUAUCAUUUGUGGUGACAUGAAUGUAGCUCAUCAAGAAAUUGAUUUGAAAAAUCCAAAGACAAACACUAAAAAUGCUGGUUUCACUAAAGAGGAACGAGAUGGAAUGACAGAUUUUCUGCAGGCAGGUUUUGUUGAUACAUUUAGGCUUCUUUACCCAGAUAAGACAGAUGCCUAUACAUUCUGGGCAUACUUCAAUAAUGCCAGGAGCAAGAACAUUGGCUGGAGAUUAGAUUACUAUAUUGUGUCAGAAAAGAUAAAAAAUAAAGUAUGCGAUGUAGUGAACAGGGAUCAAGUAUUUGGAAGUGACCAUUGUCCUGUUGUAUUUUAUGCAAAUCUUUGAGAAAAUUCAAUUUUCUCUAUUAUAAUUCAAAACAAGAAUAACUUUUUUUGUAAAAAACAUUUCUAUUUAUGAAACCUCCUUUUUAAUUUUAUACAUAUAUAAGAUAAAUAAGUGUAAUACAUUGCGUUGCAACUGUUUUUGUAUACAAUUACUUGAUCAAUAAUAUAACAUUAAUAGCGUAAAUCAACUUAUUUUACACAUUAAUUAAUGAUA